CACAAAGCGCCACGUUGUCCUUCGAAGCCCCGGAUAGGAAGAAAAGAAGGGAAAAGCGGAAAAGCCUGGCGUCGUGUUGAGCGGGCGUCGAAAAGUAGGCAACACUACUCGUUCCUGCUGCCUGGCCACGAAAAUGCUGAAUGUUUGUCCGGAAAACCAUUGAAAUCAUCGCACAAAGCAAAUCGCUUAUCCUCCCCCAGAAACUAUAGCGCUCUGCAGAAUGGCUGACGUUGGUUUUGUUUAUUGUUGGCUUUUGUUUGGGCUCGCCAUUAUUCUGCUAGCUACACUGGCGCCGCCGAUUGAUGCCGCCCAGAGGCACACUGCCUCGGAUAAUCCGUCAACGUACAAUAUUGGCGGCGUACUGAGCAAUUCCGACAGCGAGGAGCACUUUAGCACAACAAUAAAGCACCUCAAUUUCGACCAGCAGUAUGUGCCACGCAAGGUCACCUACUAUGAUAAGACCAUUCGCAUGGACAAGAAUCCCAUCAAGACGGUUUUCAACGUUUGCGACAAGCUCAUCGAGAAUCGGGUGUACGCCGUAGUCGUUUCGCAUGAGCAAACCUCAGGUGACUUGUCGCCGGCGGCCGUGAGUUAUACGAGCGGAUUCUAUUCAAUUCCUGUCAUUGGCAUAUCCUCGCGGGACGCGGCCUUCUCCGACAAGAACAUCCACGUCUCCUUCCUGCGAACGGUGCCGCCGUACUACCACCAAGCGGAUGUCUGGCUGGAGAUGCUCAGCCACUUUGCCUACACGAAGGUAAUCAUCAUUCAUAGCUCCGACACGGAUGGCCGGGCCAUCCUGGGUCGAUUCCAGACCACUUCGCAGACCUACUACGACGACGUGGAUGUGCGCGCCACCGUGGAGCUGAUUGUCGAGUUCGAGCCCAAGCUGGAGAGCUUCACCGAGCACCUCAUCGACAUGAAGACAGCCCAGUCGCGGGUCUACCUGAUGUACGCCAGCACGGAGGACGCCCAAGUAAUCUUCCGCGAUGCCGGGGAGUACAACAUGACCGGAGAGGGACACGUGUGGAUUGUGACGGAGCAGGCGCUGUUCGCCAACAACACGCCGGACGGAGUGCUGGGCCUCCAGCUGGAGCACGCCCACAGCGACAAGGGGCACAUUAGGGACAGCGUCUAUGUGCUGGCGUCGGCCAUCAAGGAGAUGAUUUCCAACGAGACCAUUGCCGAGGCACCGAAGGAUUGCGGCGACUCAGCCGUUAACUGGGAAUCGGGCAAGCGGCUGUUCCAGUACCUGAAAAGCCGCAAUAUCACGGGCGAAACGGGACAGGUGGCCUUCGAUGACAAUGGGGAUCGAAUCUACGCCGGCUAUGAUGUAGUCAACAUUCGAGAGCAGCAGAAGAAGCACGUAGUCGGAAAGUUCAGUUACGACAGCAUGCGGGCCAAGAUGCGGAUGAAGAUCAAUGACAGCGAGAUCAUUUGGCCAGGAAAACAGCGUCGCAAGCCGGAGGGCAUCAUGAUUCCCACCCACCUGAAGUUGCUGACCAUCGAGGAGAAGCCCUUCGUUUAUGUGCGUCGCAUGGGCGACGACGAGUUCCGCUGCGAACCGGACGAGCGUCCGUGUCCCCUGUUCAACAACUCGGAUGCCACUGCCAACGAGUUCUGCUGCCGCGGCUACUGCAUCGACCUGCUGAUCGAGCUCUCGAAGCGGAUCAACUUCACCUAUGACCUGGCCCUGUCCCCCGACGGCCAGUUCGGUCACUACAUCCUGCGGAACAGCUCGGGGGCGAUGACGCUGCGCAAGGAGUGGACGGGACUCAUCGGAGAGCUGGUCAACGAACGUGCCGACAUGAUCGUGGCACCACUAACCAUCAAUCCGGAGCGUGCGGAGUACAUAGAAUUCUCAAAGCCAUUCAAAUACCAAGGCAUUACAAUACUCGAGAAGAAACCGUCACGAUCGAGUACUCUCGUGUCUUUCUUGCAGCCGUUUAGUAACACGCUAUGGAUCUUGGUAAUGGUGUCGGUCCAUGUUGUGGCGCUCGUGCUCUACUUGUUGGACAGAUUCUCACCCUUUGGACGCUUCAAGCUCUCGCACUCGGACAGCAACGAGGAGAAGGCCCUGAAUCUCAGCUCCGCGGUGUGGUUCGCCUGGGGAGUGCUCCUCAACAGCGGCAUCGGCGAGGGUACACCGCGCAGCUUCUCGGCCCGGGUGCUGGGCAUGGUCUGGGCCGGAUUCGCGAUGAUCAUUGUCGCCUCGUACACCGCCAAUCUGGCCGCCUUCCUUGUGCUGGAGCGGCCCAAGACGAAGCUGAGCGGCAUCAACGACGCCCGGCUGCGCAACACCAUGGAGAACCUGACCUGCGCCACCGUCAAGGGCUCCUCCGUGGACAUGUACUUCCGCCGCCAGGUGGAGCUGUCCAACAUGUACCGCACCAUGGAGGCCAACAACUAUGCCACCGCCGAGCAGGCCAUCCAGGACGUGAAGAAGGGCAAGCUGAUGGCCUUUAUCUGGGACUCAUCUCGCCUGGAGUACGAGGCCUCCAAAGAUUGCGAACUGGUCACAGCCGGAGAGCUGUUCGGACGGAGUGGAUACGGGAUUGGCCUGCAAAAGGGCUCGCCUUGGACGGAUGCCGUCACACUGGCCAUCCUGGAGUUCCAUGAAAGCGGGUUUAUGGAGAAACUGGACAAACAGUGGAUAUUCCACGGCCAUGUUCAGCAGAACUGCGAACUCUUCGAGAAGACGCCCAACACUUUGGGGCUGAAAAAUAUGGCGGGGGUGUUCAUACUGGUGGGCGUGGGCAUUGCCGGCGGCGUGGGUCUGAUCAUAAUCGAGGUCAUCUACAAGAAGCACCAGGUGAAGAAGCAGAAGCGCCUGGACAUUGCCCGACAUGCGGCGGACAAGUGGCGAGGCACCAUAGAGAAACGGAAGACGAUCCGUGCCUCCCUGGCGAUGCAGCGCCAGUACAACGUGGGCCUGAACGCGACGCACGCCCCGGGCACCAUCAGUCUGGCAGUGGACAAGCGCCGGUAUCCUCGCCUGGGCCAGCGACUGGGACCGGAACGAGCCUGGCCAGGAGAUGCCGCCGAUGUGCUGCGCAUCCGGCGGCCCUACGAACUGGGCAAGCCUGGCCAGAGUCCGAAGGUGAUGGCCAUGACCACGGCCACGGCCACCAACCAGCCGGGAAUGCCCAUGCCCAUGCUGGGCAAGACACGGCCCCAGCAAACUGCCCUGCCACCGCGCUACUCGCCCGGCUACACCAGCGAUGUGUCGCACCUGGUCGUCUAAGUUAACAUUUUGCCAAAGCAGUUAGAACAUAGAAAAAAAAAAGUAUUGUCAUUGCUCAACACACAUUGCGAUUUGCCAGUCAGGGAGAAAUUGAUUGUAGCGCCACGAAAGGGGCAGCAAAAUUGUUUGUUAUCACUGAACGGAGUGGCCAGGACCGAGAAGAGUAUCUAUAUCAUUUACUUCGAUUUUGUUGAAAUUUAUCAAUGGUCCUGGACCGCGCAAUAAUCUGUUAUAUCAAGAGUCUAGGUGUGUUUGCGAAAUUAUUGGAUAGUCUAUUAAGUUUUUGUUGUUUUCGAUGAAUUGAAUGAUAUGAUAGGUGUUGGAAGUAGUUUCACUUUUAUUUAACGCUUUCAAUGUGCUUACUGUUCCUCUUAACAACUUUAUCGCCGCUUAAGCUUUUCACUGCUAUUUAAUAGAACAUGAACACAGGACUAAACGACUAAUUGCUGACAAGAAACAUUUAAAAACAGCGACAUCACACAAUUCACCACCUAACCCACCCAUUGUUACUAACUGUAUACUAAACUAUUCUCAUCUAAACUAAUCUCAAACCCGAUUUUUGAUCUGGCCAUAAGUUUGCCUCAACUGAAAGCUCCGAUUGCCUGUACAACUUAUACAACUUAUAUUUUGUCUCGAAUAGAAAGCUUGAAGAAGAUAUAUUAGAUGAAUUGCAAUAGUGGACCCGGACAUCCAAGAAAGGGCAAGCCCAUGAAAAGCAAUUAAUUAAACAAAAAUUAUAUUUAACUCAAAGAAGCUUAAACGAAAUUUUUAAACAAAUAAAGUAUAUAUAUACAAAUAUGUAUACACAUUAUAUUGAUAAGAUUCAGUGUGAAAGUUAACAGCAUAAAUGUGAAGCAUACAAAACGAAAUUCAAAAACAAACAAUAUGUAGUAGUGGAAUUUGAAUUUUUAAAUGUUUUGAGUGUGUAAACCGUUUAUGCA